AUGCUCCGCCCCCUCAUCGCGCGCUUCCCUCUGCGCCCCUUCUCCACCAUGUCCAUGACUCCGAUGGAAGACAUCAUGCGCGACAAGCUCGCCCACGAAUUCACCCCAACAACCCUGAUAAUCCGCAAUGACUCACACAAACAUGCCCACCACGCCGCAAUGGAAGGCUCGACUUCCAAAGAGACCCAUUUCCACGUAACGAUAACAUCCUCAUCCUUCGAGAAGAAAAUGCAACCAGCACGCCAUCGCAUGGUCUACGCCCUGCUAAAAGAGGAAAUGGCGCGGGAGGGCGGUAUUCAUGCUUUGCAGUUGCGGACGAAGACGCCGGCUGAGGAGGUGAGGGAAGUUGAGCGAGAGAAGGGCCAAUGA